AUGGUCGGACGACGUAGGAGGACGUCCGACUCCACCACGGCAACCGUCGACCCCGAGGACAACGUUUACACCGAUGAGCUAAACGUACUCAAGAAGUUCGAUCCGCGCCUGGAACCCGACGACGCUACAUCUACGAUACAAACGUUCAUCCUUGAAGAUGCCACCAUCCACGACAAGCACGGCCAUCCUGCUGAACUCUUUACAGUCAGGACGAAAGGGCCCUUCACAAUUCGCGGCCGUUUGAAGAUAGACCAAGAGCAAAGCUCCAGAGCCAAAAACCCAGCCAUGAGAACCGCCCUGAUCGAAUCCAAGAAUAUUCGGAGGUACGCUAUAGGCGCUUUCGACUCAGAGAAUUCCGUCAGAUAUGGUGCGUGGGCAGGUGGGGGUACCGGCUGGUUUGAGAUAAGACCUCCAUCGGCCGAAUAUAAGCCAACACAUGAUCGAAUGAUCGAGGGUGUUGCCAUUUACUAUACCAUUAUGACGGCAAUUGAGGAGCAUGCGGAUGCCGUCGAGGAGUACGAAACUCAAACCAAGCCGGGCAAGAAAGGGUCCAAGAAGAAGGGAAGAAAAUCACCACCGAAAGCACUUACCAUACAAAGCUUGCUUCUAAAGUAUGCGGUGGCUAUGGGCGACGGGGCGACCCUUGAUGAGGUCGAGGCGCGUUGCGACAACCACGCACCAUUCUUAAUCUCGCAUUUCUAUGAAGACCGCGCAGCGUUCGAUUGGGAACCCACAAUAUUCUUCAAGUGGCUUGUUGAGCGCCACCCCGACAUCCAUUUGGAGGUGCAGAAGGCUCGGAAGAUGAAGCCACAAGGACAACCCACCAUCGAAGAAGUUCCAGAAGAGAUGGACAUCGUUGCCCCAGCGGACACAACAGACGAACCCCCUGCGCAGAAGGCUAUUUCGAAGCGCAGACAGCGGGACACCCCACAGGACACCGGCCUUGACAAUGAUGACGUUGAAGCUCACAACUCUGGCGCAUCCGGUUCUCGGCGAAGCAUCAGGUCGAGGUCGAGAGCCAAGACGAAGACACAAUCGCGGAGUCCGCCUCCAGUGGUCAUCGCGGCAGCACCUUCGCCGUCUCCUGAGCCGAUGGAUGUGGACGCAGCGCUACAAAACAUGUCUGUCUCGGAACCUUCGCAGAACCAGGAAGCCAGCGAACGCUCAAAUGUUGAUUUGAUUUUGGAGGGACUUGAGGAGCUUCGUCCAGAGCUGGAACCCCUCAGCAAAAAUUCUUUCCCCAAGGUUUCAUCGAAGCUGUACUACAAGUACAGCAUCAAGCACUAUCUUGGUUCAGCGGAGAUACUGAAAUAUUACGCCAGGGAACUGGUGGAGCGUCUGGACCAAAGCGUAUGGGGAGAUUCCAAGUUUUGGGACACGCUGCAAGAAAACGCUCAUGGACCUCGCAUCACGCUUGAGCACGUUACUAUGGAAAACAUCCCAGGCAGCCUGAUCCGGCGAAAAGCCAAGACUACAAACACAAAGCCUGAGACGAAUGGAGCUGGCACAGCGGCAUUUGCAACGCCCCCGCCAAAGCGUGCCGGACGUCCCGCAGGCAAGAUGUCGGCUUUACGUCUGGUCGGCAGUAAGGGAAGUAAACGACGCUUCGAUUCGACGGAAGACACCCCCGACACAGUUUCCCGAGGGUCCAAAGCGGCAAAGACAUCGCACACCUACGACUCGGAAGAGAACAGCAUGGAAGCCAGCAGCUCCGGUGAUAGCGACAAUGAGUCUGAGGUUGACACGGCUGAAUCUCCCGCCGCGUUGAAGGUGGUUGUCCGGGCGGAGAUUCUCCCUACAACUGAUGCCAAGGGGCCCAAUGGCACCUGGGUUUGCGACGAAGAAGAUUGCGGGUUCGUUGUUCGUAACCCUGAUCAGGACGAGGGCCGGGAAAGAAUUCAAGACCACAUCCAGGAGGCGCACUACAAGGACGAGAACCGGGACGCGCGCAUCGACUUGGCAGUGACCGAGGGUGUUAAGAACCACCUUCCUAUUGACCACUUGCUCGAGAAGAUCCGCCAGAUGGGACAGAAGGUUAUGGACGAUGAGGAGCUGUCGGUCGAUCGGGUCUCCGUGCCUCAGCCGAUCAAAAGACGACUGAUAUCCUAG